CCAACAACAACUACAUCAACCACAACUACAACAACAAGAACAUCCACUACCACUACCACUACAACUACAACAACACCAACUACCACGACCACAACACCAACUACCACUACCACUACAAAUACCACUACAACACCAGAAAUAACUACAACGACACCCGAAACUUCUACAACAUCAGGCACAACAACACCAGAAAUAACUACAACGACACCCGACACUUCUACAACACCUGAUACCACAAGAACACCAGAAAUAACUACAACGACACCCGAAACUUCUACAACAUCAGGCACAACAACACCAGAAAUAACUACAACGACACCCGAAAUUUCUACAACACCUGAUACCACAACAACACCAGAAAUUACUACAACCACACCCGAAACUUCUACAACAUCAGGUACCACUACAACGCCAGAAAUCACUACAACCACACCCGAAACUUCUACAACAUCAGGCACAACAACACCAGAAAUAACUUCAACCACACCCAAAACUUUUACAACAUCAGGCACAACAACACCAGAAAUAACUACAACCACACCCGAAACUUCUACAACAUCAGAUACCACUACAACACCAGAAAUAACAACAACCACACCCGACACUUCUACAACAUCAGAUACCACUACAACACCAGAAAUAACAACAACCACACCCGACACUUCUACAACACCAUACACGACAACAACACCAGAAAUAACUACAACGACACCUGAAACUUCAACAACACCAGACACGACAACAACACCAGAAAUAACUACAACUACACCCGAAACUUCUACAACAUCAGAUACCACUACAACACCAGAAAUAACUUCAACGACACCCGAAACUUCUACAACAUCAAGCACAACAACACCAGAAAUAACUAAAACGACACCCGAAACUUCUACAACAUCAGGCACAACAACACCAGAAAUAACUACAACGACACCCGAAACUUCUACAACACCUGAUACCACAAGAACACCAGAAAUAACUACAACGACACCCGAAACUUCUACAACAUCAGGCACAUCAACACCAGAAAUAACUACAACGACACCCGAAACUUCUACAACAUCAGAUACCACAACAACACCAGAAAUAACUACAACGACACCAGAAACUUCUACAACAUCAGAUACCACUACAACACCAGAAAUAACUUCAACGACACCCGAAACUUCUACAACAUCAGGCACAACAACACCAGAAAUAACUAAAACGACACCCGAAACUUCUACAACAUCAGGCACAACAACACCAGAAAUAACUACAACGACACCCGAAACUUCUACAACAUCAGAUACAACAACAACACCAGAAAUAACUACAACGACACCAGAAACUUCUACAACAUCAGGCACAACAACACCAGAAAUAACUACAACGACACCCGAAACUUCUACAACAUCAGAUACCACAACAACACCAGAAAUAACUUCAACGACACCCGAAACUUCUACAACAUCAGGCAAAACAACACCAGAAAUAACUACAACGACACCCGAAACUUCUACAACAUCAGAUACCACAACAACACCAGAAAUAACUACAACGACACCAGAAACUUCUACAACAUCAGGCACAACAACACCACAAAUAACUACAACCACACCCGAAACUUCUACAACAUCAGAUACCACUACAACACCAGAAAUAACAACAACCACACCCGACACUUCUACAACACCAGACACGACAACAACACCAGAAAUAACUUCAACCACACCCGAAACUUCUACAACAUCAGGCACAACAACACCAGAAAUAACUACAACCACACCCGAAACUUCUACAACAUCAGACACCACUACAACACCAGAAAUAACUACAACCACACCCGACACUUCUACAACAUCAGGCACAACAACACCACAAAUAACUACAACCACACCCGAAACUUCUACAACAUCAGAUACCACUACAACACCAGAAAUAACAACAACCACACCCGACACUUCUACAACACCAGACACGACAACAACACCAGAAAUAACUACAACCACACCCAAAACUUCUACAACAUUAGGCACAACAACACCAGAAAUAACAACAACCAAUACCACUUCAACACCAGAAAUAACUACAACGACACCUGAAACUUCUACAACAGCAGACACGACAACAACACCAGAAAUAAAUACAACUACACCCGAAACUUCUACAACAUCAGAUACCACAACAACACCAGAAAUAACUAAAACGACACCCGAAACUUCUACAAUAUUAGGCACAACAACACCAGAAAUAACUACAACGACACCCGAAACUUCUACAACAUCAGGCACAACAACACCAGAAAUAACUACAACGACACCCGAAACUUCUACAACAUCAGGCACAACAACACCAGAAAUAACAACAACCACACCCGACACUUCUACAACAUCAGAUACCACUACAACACCAGAAAUAACUACAACCACACCCGAAACUUCUACAACACCUGAUACCACAACAACAGCAGAAAUAACUACGACGACUCCCAACUUUUCUACAACACCAGACACGACAACAACACCAGAAAUAACUACAACGACACCCGAAACUUCUACAACAUCAGGCACAUCAACACCAGAAAUAACUACAACCACACCCGAAACUUCUACAACAUCAGGCACAACAACACCAGAAAUAACUACAACCACACCCGAAACUUCUACAACAUCAGGCACAAUAACACCAGAAAUAACUACAACGACACCCGAAACUUCUACAACACCAGAUACCAAUACAACACCAGAAAUAACUACAACCACACCAGAAACUUCUACAACAUCAGGCACAACAACACCAGAAAUAACAACAACCACACCCGAAACUUCUACAACAUCAGGCACAUCAACACCAGAAAUAACUACAACCACACCCGAAACUUCUACAUCAGACACCACUACAACACCAGAAAUAACUACACCCACACCCGACACUUCAACAACAUCAGACACAACAACACCAGAAAUUACUACAACGACAUCCGACACUUCUACAACACCUGAUACCACAACAACACCAGAAAUAACUACAACGACACCCGAAACUUCUACAACAUCAGGCACAACAACACCAGAAAUAACUACAACCACACCCGACACUUCCACAACACCUGAUACCACUACAACACCAGAAAUAACUACAACGACACCCGAAACUUCUACAACAUCAGGCACAACAACACCAGAAAUAACUACAACGACACCCGAAACUUCUACAACAUCAGGCACAACAACACCAGAAAUAACUACAACCACACCCGACACUUCCACAACACCUGAUACCACAACAACACCAGAAAUAACUACACCCACACCCGACACUUCAACAACAUCAGGCACAACAACACCAGAAAUAACUACAACGACACCCGAAACUUCUACAACAUCAGGCACAACAUCACCAGAAAUAACUACAACGACACCCGACACUUCUACAACAUCAGAUACCACUACAACACCAGAAAUAACUACAACGACACCCCACACUUCUACAACAUCAGAUACCACUACAACACCAGAAAUUACUACAACCACACCCGAAACUUCUACAACACCUGAUACCACAACAACACCAGAAAUAACUACAACGACACCCGAAACUUCUACAACAUCAGGCACAACAUCACCAGAA